CGGUGUUGUUUUGUGACGGCGUCACGGGAGGCUGCAGCCAGCGGCGUCCCUCGUCCGUCCCGCGCCCCGCCGGGGGCCGCGCUGAGCUUGCUUUGAAAAUGUCUGAAAAUUCCAGUGAUAGUGAUUCAUCUUGUGGCUGGACUGUCAUCAAUCAUGAGGGUUCUGAUAUAGAAACAGUGACUUCAGAAAAUGGAAGCACAAGUGGUAACCAUGAAUUUGUUUCUGAAGAAUAUGUUUCUUUGCAAGAAGAGCAACCAGUUGAUUUCAGAGCUCAGUGCAACAAUGAUGGAGUGGCAGCAGUGGUAGAAACUAGUCUCUCUGCAGUUGAGGAAACCAGGACGGUUCCUGAGGAAAAGAAAGUGCCUGACGAUGGUUCCUGUGUUGGGACUGUUAGUGAUGAUUCCGACAUUGUUACACUUGAAACUCCAAAGGUGGAAGAAACUCAAAUUCAGGAGGAAGCUCCAGCUGAUGAUGAAGCAGCUCGAAGCUCGGAGGAUUUUAACAUGGGUUCCUCCUCUAGCAGCCAGUAUGCGUUUUCUCAACCAGAAACGGUUUUUUCAUCUCGGGCUAGUAAUGAUGAAUCAAGUAGUGAUGAAACUAGCAACCAGUCCAGUCCCACAGUACGAAGACGUCGGGCUAAGAAGAGGCUGAUCUCUAGCUCUGAGUCUGAGGCUGGGCUGUCUGCUGAGCCGGAGUCCGAACCUCCCAGAGAACAACAGCACAAGCGCCAGUUCAGUAGUGGCCUUAACAGAUGCAUCCUACUAGCUUUGGUAAUAGCAAUCAGCAUGGGCUUUGGACACUUCUAUGGUAAACCUGAAGGUACAAUACAGAUCCAGAAACGUCAGCAGCUGGUAACAAAGACACGUGAAUUAAAAGAUAUGAAAGAUGACCUUUACCAGUGCCAACAAGAGCAAGGAGAUAAAGCACAUCAUAAAGCGGGGUCGCUCAAGGGAGAUGUUGCCAUAUGUUUGACCUCUACUGAGGUGGAGAAGAAAUCUUUUGAAUCUCAGAAAAAAAAUCUUGCUGCAGAAAAUGAGCACUUAAGAGAAUCUCUAGAGAAGGAAGAAAAAGCUUUGGCCUCACUUCAGGAAGAAUUAAGGAAGCUAAGACAACAAAUUAGAAACUUAGAAGAUAAAGGUACUAGCACUGAGUCUAUUGUCAUGGAAAAUCAGAAACUAAGGGAACAUUUGGAAGAGGAAAAGCAAAAAAAUUAUAACUUUCUUAGGCAAAAGGAAACGCUAUUUGCAGAAGCACAAAUGUUAAGGAGAGAACUGGAUAAAGAGCGUCAUGUUACAGAAGCAUUAAAAAAAGAACUGGAACAGUUAAGUUCUCAUCAAACACCAGACAGUGCUAAUGAUGAUGAUACACUAAGAGAAAAGGAAGAAAUAGAAACUUUGCGAGGAAGACUAGUAGAACUAGAAAAAAAGCUAAAUUUUGAGCAACAACGCUCUGACCUAUGGGAGAAGCUGUAUGUUGAAGCAAAAGACCAAACUGAAAAACAGGAAAUGAAUGAGAAAGGACAAAAGAAAAGUGGUAAAGGGCAAAGUAAGACUAAAAAGAAAUCAAAAGAAUCAUUUUUUGGUUCAGUUAAAGAAACUUUUGAUGCUAUGAAAAAUUCCACAAAAGAGUUUGUAAGACACCAUAAAGAAAAGAUUAAGCAGGCUAAAGAAGCAGUGAAAGAAAACCUGGAGAAAUUCUCUGAUUCUGUGAAGUCUACAUUCAGACACUUCAAAGAUACCACAAAAACUAUCUUUGAUGAAAAGGAGAAGAAAUCAAAUGAUAAAAGAUAUGAGGCAAACAAGAAAGCAAAAACUGUUUACCGAGAACAUAACUUUCAUGAGAACCUGAAGCACAUGCACUACAGAGGACCCAACAUGCCAAAAGAAUUCAAAGAUGGAAGAAAACAUCAGUUUACAACAUUUGAAAAAGAUACAAAUUCACAGAAAUGUCUCAAUGACCCUGCGUGUGAUAGGAAACAUCAGUUUGUCCUAAAGGGCUGCUCUGGUAUUUUUGAAUGUGCUCAUCAAGAAUUCAUUAGUCUCUUUAACAGAGUAUCAGAUCCUAUCAGGGUGGAUGAAUUUAAUCGACUAAUUAAAAAGUAUUUGCAACAAGUUGUAGAUAACUUCCAUCACUGGAGAGAACUAGAAAAUUUCAUCAGUAAGUUUUUUCAUAAUGGGAUCUUUAUACAUGACCAGAUGCUGUUCACUGACUUUGUUAAUGAUAUCAAGGAUUACCUGGAAGAUAUGAAGGAAUAUCAAAAUAAUAAUGAAAAAGUGUUUGAAGAUUUGGACAAAUACAUCUACAGAUACUACUUUCACUAUGAUAAUUCACCACAAUAUGGACCCAGUCGACCUAAAAGACCUUCUUUUACACAAACUGAAAAUUCCAGACAUGAAAAACAAGCUCAGAAGUACCACCACCGUAAUAAAAGAGAAGGUAAAUGGUAUAAACAUGGUCGCAGUAAUGGAAGACACAUGGCAAAUCUUGAAAUAGAAUUGGGGCAAUUACCCUUUGAUCCAAAAUAUUAAGUAAUUUAUGUAUGGUAAAAAUAAGAUUAAAAUGAAUAAUUCACAUCCUCUCUGAAAACUAAUUGUUUUUCAACAAAGCAGCAAGAUGCAAAUUUUUACUCUAAAUGGUUUGACUUUUACAUUGUUGUUAAGAGGCAGAAGUCAAGCUUUCUAAUUUGCAUAUUCAGUACUGUUGCUUUAGCUGUUCUUUGGAAAUGAUGAUAGUUUGGGUGCCAGCAGUAUUGUUACAAAAACUAGGCAUGCAGUGACUUGUGUAUGAAAAAUACGCUUAAUUGCAUUCCAUUAGUGUAGUUCCAGCUUGAGUCAUGCAUAAUGUACCAAUAAUUAACUCCUAUGUUUGAUAUACUAACUUCAUCUCAUCCUUCAAAAAAAUAAGACAUUAUGGUAAUGUAUUUGCUAGUGUCUGAUAAUCUUAUACUUGUUUCUUGUCUUUUGGGGAUUCAAGAGCCUGUUGAAUUAUGAAAAAUUUGCUGUGCUGCACUCUAAUCAGCUUGCUGAUUUAAGCACUUGAAAUGUCUUGCAUAUCUGCAUAUUGUGGAAGAAAAAUAAAGAGACAGUGUGGGUAAAA